AUAGUUGCAUUCUACACGCAAACUCGUUACACCAUUACAAUCAUGAAAAUUGUUGUUUAUUUUGCAAUGUAUACUAGCUUCUCCCGUUUUGUGCAAUGCAUUUGAUAAACGUUUGUUGUUAUGUUACACAAUAGUUAGAAAUUUUGUAAACUUUUCAACAAAAUUGACAUUUUGUAUCAGGAGGGCAUACGAUUCCAAGAGGUAUUCUUUUGUUUUGCGCAAAAACGCAUUCCAAGAUCCGCGCGAUUUUUGCUUCCUUUCACUUGGGAAUUUAAAAAACGUUCGCGUUUUCGCAUUUUCUAACACUGACAGUUCUAAUAGCGAUUCUAAUCCGCUUCUAUUUUCAAUGAUAUUUUAGUGUUUUAUUUUAUAAUUAAAUUUAAGUCUCCUGCGUCACCUAACACGUGGAAUUCGUUUGACAUUAGUCACGUGUAUAAUCAUGUGUUCGUGGAGUAUACAAUAAUUUGCACGUGUAUAAGUUACAACGUAAAUUACCUAAAUAUAAUUCGGUACGAAAAUGGACAAUGAAUCAGAUUUGCAGAAGCUCUUUUAUGAGUCGUUGAAUAAUGAUAAUGUUUUUAUGAUAGCGAUGACUGUCGACACAGGUUUCGAGUGGCAAGCGAUAGAUGAAUGCAAAGAAAUCCUGGAUAAAAAUGUUAAAAUUAUUAAAGAACGAGGAAAAAUAUUUGUUAACAUAUGUUGGAAUCAAUUUGCACAAAUACAAGAGAUGAGAUCAAUAGAUAACAUAUUUAUAGUGGCAGAUGUUAGAAAAUUUGAGUUUGUUGGAACUACUAAAGAGACUGAUUUACAGCUAAUUAAAGAUAGUGUGAACAAUGGUAUGAAAUUAGAAAAAUGUUUAAAUGCUUGGAAAUCUGUUACUGCCUUUCGUGGAAAAAUAUAUCCAACUAGUGAAGAGUAUACUUUAGCACAAAGUAAUCGUAAACUUGAAGACAGAACUAUUUUCCCUGCAACUCAGAGGGUAAAGAAAAGAGGUCAAGAUCCAUCUAAUGCCAAGGAAGAUGAAAUUUUAAGAUAUAGAGUAACAUGUGAAAGAACUGGUAAACAUACAUUCGAAUCUGCUGAUGUUGCUAGAGCUAUAGGAGGAGAGUUACAAGAUAAAUACCUUUGGCUUGUAGAUUUAUCUGCAUAUUAUUUAGAAGUAGUUUGUAAAGUAACUAACAAUGAGUUGGUAACACAGUUACGUGUUACUCAUGAAUCUAAGCACCGUAGAAAUAUUACAUGCUUUGGACCAACCACACUUAGAGCAACUAUAUGUUACAAUUUGUUACGGUUAACUCACCCUAAUCCAGGGGAUGUAAUAAUUGAUCCAAUGUGUGGUGGUGGCUCUAUACCAAUAGAGGCAACUUUGGUUUAUACUCAAUCUUAUGUUCUUGGAGGAGAUAAUCAUCCAAAAGCUAUAGCCAGAACAAAAUCCAAUGUUGAUACAUCUUGCACAAAGUGUAAAAUCGAUUUGAUGCAUUGGAGUGUACAACAGUUACCAUUGAAAGAUUCAUGUGUUGAUAUUGUUAUUACAGACAUGCCAUUCGGAAAAAGAAGUGGUAGAAUGAUAGACAACAGAAUACUCUAUAAACAAUUUCUGAUAGAACUGGGACGAAUUAUGAAACCCUCAACAGGCCGAGCAGCUUUACUCACGUAUGAUAGACGUAGUUUUAACACGGCUUUACAAUCUGCUGGAGACCUGUUUCGGGUAACAAAAAUGUUAGGUGUAAAUAUAGGUGGUCUCCAAGCUGCAGUGUACGUUUUAAAACGUACGGACACAGCUUAUGAUCAGUUUAAACCUAAAGUUGUUAAACACCUACAUACAAAAACAGUUCAACAAAAGUGAUUGUGGUUGU